AUGAGUAAUAUUCCACCACAAGCAAUCAACGAUAUUGUCAAUGUUCUCAAUCCACAACAACAACACCUUUUCAAUGCAUUCAUGAAUAAUAACAACAAUGUUAAUAGAAAUAUGCAAAUGGGUAUGAAUCCAGCAGUUGUUGCAAAUCCAAUGCCAAAUAACAUGAACAAUAUGGCAAACAACCAACAACUCUUCAACACGUUCAGGGCUCUUCAACAACCUAUGAAUCAAAAUAAUAAUAAUAACUUGAUGAACGGACAAACACCUCUCAACAAUGCCAAUGGCCAAGCUAUGAAUAUGAAUAUGAACAUGAACGUACAAAACAAUAAUAUACCAAUGCAAAACAUGAACAAUAAUAAUGACCCUAGUAACUAUUUAUUACAAUUCCUACAACAACAACUAACCACCCCAAACAACAAUAAUAAUCUAAGAAAUCCUGGAAAGCAAGUAAUGCCAAAUAAUACAACCAUUGUGCAACAAACUAAUGGUAAUGGUAUGAUUAGCAACGAACAACAAAUGAUGGGAGGUUUUACCAAUGGUAUGGAUGCCAACACGAUGAAUAUUAAUAACAUGAAUAUGACAAACAUGGCCAAUAUGAAUAUGUCCAAUGUAAAUGCUAUGAAUAACAUGAAUAAUAUGACAAACAUGGGAAAUCCAUCAACUCCUAUGAGUCAAAUGACUGGUGGUACUGUUCCAAAUACAAUUACCAUGUCAGCACAGCAACGAUCAACUACACCUCUUAGUAAUAAUAGUGGAGGAGUUUUGUCAUCAAAUACCAAUACAACAACAAAUACACAAUCAGGUAUGUCUGCCAACGGAAUGAGAAGAUUCUCUGUUGAGCAAAUCAAAUUGGUACAACAAUUGAUUGAGCAAUGCCUAAAGCUUUAUCUUUCAAAAGAAGAGACAAUGGAUUUUUUAUGUAAGAAAUACGAGAAUAUUGAACGAGCCUUUAUUAACUUGAUGUGGUGCAAAUUAGAACAACAAAAUCCUGAAUUUUUCAAAGCUUACAAUACUAGGUUAUUGAUCAAGGAACAAAUUUCACAAUUCAAUCAACUGGUUAAAGAACAAGCAAGCAUGAUGCAACAACAAGGUUUACUUGUUCAAAAUAACACUGUUAAUCAAAUGCCAUCCACACCAACAGGUGGUUCAAUGAUUAGUGUACAACAACCAAUGGGAGGUAUUGGCAUUAUGUCUGGAAAUAUUCAAUCACCUUACAAUUCUGCAUCUUCACCAGUUACCAGUCAAAAUGCAUUCACAAUGAUUCCAAAUCAACCAAAUACCAUUCAAGUCAAUAAUGGUAUGAGUACAAACAAUGGAGCAUUUGUGUAUCCAGGCGUUAAUGGCGCUGGUAAUUUUGGUAUUAACCUUCAAAAUGCAGCAGUACUUGGAAUCAAUAAUUUUCAACAAACCAAUAAUGGUAUGAUUCCACAAAAUAUGAAUAAUAAUGCAGUGUUGAAUUUUGCUCAACAACAACAAAACAUGUACAGACAACAACAACAACAACCAACAAACCCACAACAAACAAACUUUAACAGUACUAAUACACUCUCUCCACAAAAGCAACAACAAAUGAAUGUUAAUCUUGGACUUGGAAAUGAAACUGAUUCAAACUCCAAUAUGCCUAACAUGUUUAACACUAAUGGACCUGCUGGAACUGAAAUUUCUCAAAUGAUAACUCAUUUGCUGAGUUCUCCAGCACCAGUUUCCACAACCACCCCUCAAGCCAAACAAACCAUUCAAAAUUUCCUGAAAUCCCCUCUAGUUAAAGUUGGUAGAGAUGUGGAAGAAAAGUUACGAUCUUUAUUGAACGAUGAGCAAUCAACCACAUCAAAUAGUAUGAACGUUAAUAAUACUGACAUGAAUAGACAAAUCUCAAAUAGUACUCCAGUUACCAAUAAUUCAGCAACAGGAACUUCAACACCAACAAUUCUCGAUUCCAAUACACCAAGUGUUACAAAUAGUAACAGCAAUACCCAAAACCAAUUAUCAGAAACUCCAAAUAUUGAUAAUGUUUUCGAGUUCCCAGAUUCUGAUAGAGACGUUUUUGGCGCCACCGAAUUUGAUGAUGACUUUUUCCAUCACGAUGAAUAAACCUCAAUAUGUAC